AUGCGCUUGCUCGCUCUUCCUCCUCUUUCUCCUAUGUCUCCUCUUUCUCCUCAGCCUCCUUUGUCUCCUCUUUCUCCUCCAUCUUUGACGUCGCAUAUGGAUUUCAAUCCAUUUGAGGAUUCUGCCAAUUUUGUUGAACUACUUAAUAGUCAACAAAAUGUUGUCUUUGGCAGUCAAGGAAGUGUUCCACUCUCUUCAUCGCAAGUGCCCUCCUUAGGCAGUCAAGCUGCGGAGCUUCGAGCAGAGCGUAAGGAAAGAAGGACGUGGACAGUCACAGAGGAUAUAGUGCUUAUUAGCUCGUGGUUGAACACGAGCAAAGACCCCGUUGUAGGGAAUGAACAUAAGUCAGUGGCUUUCUGGACAAGAGUUGCAGCAUACUUCUCGGCUAGUCCUAAACAUGCUGGCUGUGAAAGACGAGAGGGUAGUCAAUGCAAGCAACGUUGGCACAAGCUGAAUGAAGCAGUUUGCAAGUUCUCUGGAGCGUAUGAAGCAGCCACAAGAGAGAAAACCAAUGGCAUGAAUGACAAUGACGUUCUAAAACUGGCCCACGAAAUCUUUUUCAAUAGCCAAAAAAAGAAGUUCAGCCUUGAACAUGCGUGGAACGAGCUUCGCUACGACCAGAAGUGGUGUGAGCUCGCUACAGCUAAAACUGAAAGCAGCUCGAAGAGGAGGAAGGUGGGGGGAGAACAAUCUUUUCAGGCAUCAGCAUCUAUGCCCAGUGUGAAUGGAGAAGAUGAAGCAAUGGCUAGGCCUACGGGAGUUAAGGCAGCAAAGGCGCAGGCUAAAAGGCUAGUGGGAAAAGAAGCGAAGAAGGUGCAACAGUUUCAGCAAAUGUGGGAGAUCAGGGAGAGGGACUUAGCUUUUAAGGAUAAGCUUACAAACAAAAAGCUCCUAGAGAGUUUGCUUACAAGAAGAGAGCCACUUACUGAUUUAGAAGUGGCGCUUAAGAACAAGCUGAUAAGUGAAAUGCUAUCAAUGGGAACAAGUCAGACACAUCCACAAAUGGCUUCAAGAAAACCGAUUGUUUGUGGCCUCUCAGCAAGAGGAAUCAUGCCACCUCUCCAACCAGAAGUUACCGAUGAGGAUGUUGCGGAUAACACACCAACUGAAGUAGAAGUGGUGGAGAUAUCAGAUGAAGAAGAAGACAAUAUGGUGGAGUUAUCAUGCGAAGGAUACAGGAGGAAUAUGGGCUAUUUGAUUAGGGUAGAGGAAUCAGAAGGUGACACUGAACCUGAGUUCAGAAGGAUGUUGUAA